AUGUCGGGCCGCAAACUCGGCGGCGGCCGGAUUCUAGGCAGCGGCAAGGGCCUGGCCCCGCCGCCGCCGCCAGGAGGUGCAACAACAGCAGCAGCACAUCACCAACUCCACCACGCCCACCAUGCCCCCCGAUCCGCGAGCCCGUUCGCGCCGUCCGACCGCCGCGCCGUGUCCCCCGGCUCCCGCAAUUCGACACCGACCUCAAUCUCGCCGUCCUCGUCCAGCCCCCUGCCCGAUUUCGCCCAGGACCUCACGUCCAAUGUCACUGUUGCCGGGCCAUCCGCCGGCGCCUCGCCCGGGAACAAGCUGGCUUGCCCGAUCUGCGAGGAGGAGAUGGUAACACUGCUGCAGCUGAACCGGCAUCUCGAUGACGUCCACCAGGAGCUGCCCGAGGCGGCGCAGGACGAGGUCAAGUCGUGGUUCGACAAGCAGGUCCUCAAGGCGAAACGCUUUCAGCCGCUGUCGCUGAUCAACCAGAAGCUGCGUGGCCUCGACGUGUUCGAGUCGAAUGAGACACCGGCCGUGGCGGUCGCCAGCGGCCCCGGCGCCCGGUCAUCAGCCGAGACGGUCGUCGACCCAGAGGAGCUCGUCACCCGAAAGCAUUGGCAGCGCCCGACCGGCAACGACACGUGCACCGACCCGCUGUGCGAGCGGAGGCUGGGGCCGCUCAGCGGCAGCGUCAACUGCCGGAAGUGCGGCCGCCUGUUCUGCGAGGAGCACACCAUGUACCAGAUGAAGCUGUCGCGGUCGGCCAACCACGAGCCCGUGCGGGGCGUGUGGUGCCGCGUGUGCGAGACGUGCUACAAGUCGAGGGAGGGCUAUAACGACCACGCCGGCCUGUCCCGGGACCACACGAACGAGUUCGCGGCCACGCGGGCGAAGAAGGUGGAGCGACAGCGACUGGAGGUGCAGCGGCUGGAAAAGAGGCUAACGAAGCUGACGCGGCUGCUGGUGGAGGCGGCGCCGCCGGAGUCGGGGGCCAACUCGGCGCUGCUGUCGCCGCUCGCGGGGCAGCGGGCUCAGAGGAAGAUGCUCGAGCAGUCGGUCGUGACGUGGGAAGACGACGCCUCGGUCGCUAGAUGUCCGUUCUGCAAGCAGGAGUUCCGGCCCUGGACCUUCCGGCGCCAUCACUGCAGGAUAUGCGGCCGCGUCGUGUGCGCCGACCCGGAAACCGGGUGUUCAAGCGAGGUAGGCUUGAACGUAGCAAACCCGAACGCGGUCCCCUCUGCUACCGAGAAGCCCGCGCUGCCGGCCGACGGGCAUGUCAGCAUCGAUGUGCGCAUGUGCUGCGAGUGCAAAACCACCCUCUUCUCGCACCGGGACUUCGCCGAGACCAUCAGGCACCGGCCGCCAGACCAGCGCGCCUACGAGACCCUCCGGCAGUUCGAGCGCGGCAUCCAGAUGCUGCUGCCAUCGUUCCACAAAUCGCUGCAGGCGCUGCAGCCGCCAGACGAAGACGCGCCCGACAGGCCGCCGCCGACGCACGCGCAGAUCCAGGAGGCGGCCAAGACGCGCAAGCGGCUGACCGACGCGUUUGCCAAGUACGACCUCGCGGCGAGGCGCAUCCGCGACAUGAAGACGGACAGCCCGACGCAGCUGCGGCUGCAGAAAGCCAUCUACGCGGCGGCCUCGGCCUUCCUGCACGCCAACCUCAUCCCGUUCAAGAGCGUGCCCGCGAUGCUCAAGUCGCACAGCAGCAGCAGCAGCAGCAGCUCGUCGGGCGGCGGCCACCGGCGGCUGCUGGCGGGCGGCACGGCGUCGCCGCUGCGCAACGGCGAGUCGGUGGCGGGCCUCGACGCCGAGACGGCCAGCCUGGGCGGCGCCAGCGAGGUCAGCAGCUCGGCGGCGGCGGCGGCGCUCGAGACGGAAGAGCGCGAGGCGCGGGAGCGGCUGGUCGUCCUGGAGGAGCAGCGCUUCAUGGUGCACGAGAUGCUCGGCCGCGCGCGGGCCGCGCGCCGGUUCGAGGAGGUCAGCGCGCUCGCGCGCAACCUCGAGGAGCUCGACCGCGAGAUCGAGGCGUCCCGGCGGCUGGUGGCCGGCGUCGAGGAGCGCUGGGAGGGGCUCUAUGCGGGCGCAGCCUGA